AUGGUUGACACGAACGACAACUUUGUUUCAGGAGCGAACUACAAGCUUUUGAUAAGCGCGUGUUGCAUGCAUUCAGUGCAUCUCGCUUUCACCGCACGCAGCCAGAUAAACCCACCCAAAGCCGAUCGUUCCUCCAAACACUACCAUCGCGACUUAGGAUGGAGUGGCGCGUUGGAGGUGCUGACUAGUUUCCGUGGGAUUAGUAUGAAUUGGGGCGUACCAUCUGAGAAACUACCUCCAGUCUAUGAGAACUUCCUGUCGGACACCCUGCUCGAUAUUGUAAGACAACAUUUCAUAUCGCGCACCGCAAAGGUCACUCUUGCGCGCUUUGUUCAAGACAGCAGCGCUGGUAUUUCUGGGGAGUUUGUGCGCCAUAUCACAAUCUCUAUCACGAUGAUAAUUCUCUCUUGGUCAGAUGUCACUAUGGUCUACGGGGUAGUAAGAUUGUUUGUCUACACUUUCACUAAGCUGUGCGGCCAGCAUUUUGAUAAAAGCAAAUGGCCACCUCUGUAUAGUGACAUAUUCGCAGCUGAUAGUGUACGCACAUUUUGGAACAACAAGUGGCACUGUUUGUUUAAGCGCCACAUGACGUUGUGUGGAUAUAAACCUGCUUUCAACUUGAUCAACGCUUUACUCGUACCUGGAGAUAUACCACACUAUUCAGGAAUUAUUGGCGCUUUCGCUUUUAGCGGUUUGUUUCACGAGUACUGUUUUAGAUGCACGUCUCGGACCAUGUUCAUGGAACAGUUUCCUUCUUUAACGUUUUUCCUCAUUAACGCGUUGGCCAUAAUCUUCGAAAACGAAGUAAAGAAAUAUACUGGUCGCACUGUCGGCGGUAUCUACGGCCGCUUAUGGGCCUAUGCCAUUAUCAUAUUUUCCUCGAUUCCAAUGAACUCACAAAUAUUGUUGGGAAUUGGCCCAAUGCCGGGCUUUAAAGGCUGGGACACUUGGAAGUGGUAUGUGCCUCUCUCACUCGCCAUGAAAGCAGAAGAUUAA